UUUACAUCCGACCCAAAUACUGUACAACGAAAUAAAAAAAAUACAGAAAAUAUUUGUAAAUAUUUAAACACUUGAACACACAUUAAUAGAACACAAUGUUAAAGAGAAAUCGCUUUGGGUCUUUGAUAACGUCGAUGCAGGCGGAAAACAAUCUCAGCAAGGCCAACACCUUUUCGCUCAAGUCGCUCAACACAAUUGAAGUAUUUGAUCAAUUCGGUGAGCUAAAGCAAUUGACUCUGAACGAUGGCCAGGUGGUUGUCGAUGACAUUGUCAAAGCGAUCUUUGCGCGCAGAGACGGCGUGGCCAACAUCUCAAGUUCGCGAUGCUCGAUCAAUGAGGAGUUUAGAGAUUCGGAGGAAAUGGAUAAACGCCUCAAGCAUUGGCAGGACACGUUGCGUGAUCGUGCCCGAAUGCAGGAUAAAAUAUCACGUAAGACAGGUCGCCGGCCCGAGGAGAUGCUCUUCAAUGUGCCCAUCACCGUGGAGCAGCGCGACAAGGGCACCGUCCAGCGUCUAAUGGACUAUGCUACUCGCAUGAAUCCCAUUACUCUGAAGGAGAAGCAAUACGGUGUGAUGCCCGGACACUAUGAUGCCGAGCAAUGUGUCUGUAAGCCGGAAGUAUGGGAGACGGUGCCCAAAGCGGAGCUGGCGGGCGAGGCUGAUGUGGAAAUAGCUGGACUAACAAAAGCCACGAAAAGGGAAAUACUUGGCUCCAAGCACGAUCUGACAUCACGAAAGAUCAAGGAUCGCAGCAAAUGGCUUAACUCUGAGGUGCUGGAAGAGAGCAUCGAUCAAAAGGCUAAGGAUAUUGAGCGUGUGUUGGAAUACUUUCCGGACUUGGACAAUCUAGAAGUAGUUGGCAAUAAUCCUCUGGCAGAUAUCAAAUGGGUGCAUGACUCGGAAAUAGAUCUUAUGCACAAGCAGUCACUCCUUACCAUAAGCAGCAUAACCGACAACUGCAGCCUGAAUGAGCAGAAGGUGGAGGAGGAAGAAGGCGGGGGAAUACAAUAUUCCCUGUUGAUGUUCGAGCCGCCACCCAUUAACGUUGGCCUCAAGAUCAACGAACGGACAUUUGUUAUGGAUGAUCGUUUCGCGUACAACAUGGAAGUGAAGGUAUAUUUCGAGUGCACACCCUAUGAGCGUCAGGUGAAGCAAGUGCUGCGCCUGGAGAACAUUGGUCGUCGGGUUCUCGUUUGCGAAUGGCAGCCAAUGGAUCUAAACAAGCGGAAUGCUAAAGUGUUUAACACAUGUGCCGCCUGCUUCCUGUUUAAUCACAGCAGACGGAAGAUUCAGCCAGGCGAGGUGCACAUCAUCAAUGCCCUCUUCAAUCCACACACGGUCUUUGCGCGCAAACAGCGCUGGGAGCUGAAAAUCUUUCCGAACAUCUUCUGCAGCCGUCGCAAUUCGGUGAUAUUGCAGCUGUUCGGCAAGUGCGUGCCGCCGCCGGAGUACAUGCGGAAAAUCAACAAGCAGCUGCGCCAGGUGGUCGACAAGGCCAAUGAUGAGGUAUUCAAAAGUCUGCUUAACCACCAAGCGGAGCUGGUGCCGCUGAUAAAGCCCGGUGAGCGCGCAUGUCCCUAUGAGCGUGCAUUUGAUGACCGCGAGGUGUUCAAUUCCCUGAAUGUGGGCUACCAUUGUGAACGGUUUGAUGAUCUUGAGGCGCUGCGCGUUUUACACAACGCCUUGAAGCUGCCACGGGAGCCGCCCUGGGAUCUGCGCUUGGAGACCAUCAAGCAGCUCAUAAUGCGCAUGCCCGAGGUGAGGCAGCGUGAGGUUUAUUUUCAGAUCUUCCUCGGCAUGCAGGAGCCGCUCUUCUGCAGCACCGAUGCGGCCCUAGUCCGCUUCGAGCACAAUAGCGAGCGGGAACGUUCGCGUUUCAUCUACGUUCGCGGCUGCAUUGGCAAUGGCAUCGAGGAAUGGGAGGACCUGAUGCUUGGCCUGGAGCAAAGCUGCUUCAAGUCCGAGCUGGUCCGCUUCUAUGCUCAGCUCGCCAAGGAGUCGAAAUUAGACGACGAGCAUGGCUCCUCCGAUGAGGAAGAGACCAAGCCCUGGCUGCUUCAGCUAAAAUAUCUGCAGCCUGAGGUGUAUGUGCUUAAAAAAAUGCGUGGCAAGAAGUACUUCAGAGACUCGCUGUACAUUCACACCUACACUCAGCUCUGCGACAUGGCCGAGAAUGUGGUAUCCGUUAUAGAGAGCACCGAGUAUAUUUAGUCGCCAGCUUUGUGGCAUUUUGGCCGAUUUCUUUUUGUGGCGCUUCCAGUGGCUUCUGCUACUCUCGGCAGAGCUGCCGGGGCUGCAGUUUUUCCCAACAAAAUUGUAGCAUACGCUCGAGUGUUCACUGUAACAGAACAAAAUAUGCAACAGUUUCUUAUGAAAUACGCGUUGCAUGUGGGCUGAUCCGAAUGUCGGCAUACUUUCGGAUGUCAUGCGCAUAAAUUGCUAGUUGUUCAAAUAAAGUCCAUUUUUUCUUUUUA